GCGUCCGCAGCUUCCGCGAGCGCGUCGACUCCGACAACCACUCCCGGACCGACUCCGUCUCCUCCGUCAGCGCCGACAGCGUCAGCGGCACGAUCGGCGGGGGCGGAGGCUGCUGCAAAGCGCCACACCACACCUGUCAUUGAUAUGAAGCCCAUCGAGUUCUACGCCAACCGCGAGAACGUGCAGCCGCGCUCCAAGCGCCGCCUGCCGAGCGAGAGCGAGAUCAGCGUGGACAACUUCCAGAAGGACCUCUACGAGUCGGAAGGCGGGCAGGAGGAGGUGUGCCUGACGGACGAGGAGAAGCUGGCGCAGUACCAGCUGGGGCAACUGCACCUGGGUCUACAGUACGAGGUCACGGCGAAGGUGUUGGUUGUAAAGGUCAUCGAGGCCAAGGACCUGCCCCCGCCAUAUUGCCUGGACGAGAACAAGCAGGACAUGGCCCACUCUAACCCCUACUGCAAAAUCUCCUUGUUGCCGGACCAGAAGAACUCCCAGCAGACUACAGUACAACGGAAGACGCAGAGUCCCACCUGGAAUGAGUAUUUCACCUUCGAAAUACCCUACAAGGAGGUGCAACUUCGCACACUGGAAAUCCUGGUCAAAGACUUUGACAAGUUUUCGCGCCACUGUGUCAUUGGACAGGUGCUGCUGCCCCUCGAUAACAUAAACUUAAUUAAAGGCGGUCACAUGUGGAAACCGCUGAUUCCAGGUAGCAGGGAGCGGCUGGACUUGGGAGAGAUGCUCCUGUCCUUGAACUAUCUACCAAGUGCCGGUCGGCUGAACAUUGAUGUCAUCAAAGCCAAACAACUGCUUCAGACUGACCUCGUCGGAGGUUCAGAUCCGUACAUAAAAAUCACGCUGGUCCACUUCGAGAAGCCCAUCAAGACCAAGAAGACGACCUUCAAGAAGAACACCAUCGACCCCGUUUUCAACGAAUCCAUCAGCUUUAACAUCGCUCCACAGCAGCUGGACAACACGUCCAUCGUCCUGACCGUCUGGGACCACAUCAAAAGCAAAGACGACUUCGUGGGUCGCAUAGUCAUCGGGCGUUACGGCACGGGGCCGCACGAGUUCACGCACUGGAACCGCAUGCUGCAGUCGCAGAGGUGCCCAGUGGCGCAGUGGCACUCCCUCCGCUCCCGCCAAGAAUGCGAUCAGGUAUCCCCGGCCUCCAUUGCCGUGCUGUAAGGAGAUUGGGGCAGGAUGAAGAAAAGGAAGUCCAACUACUGGAUGGAGACACAGGAUCGCCAUCUUUGACCAGACGACGCUGCUACUACUGCUACUACUACUGCUGCUGCUGCUGCUGCUGCUUUCUCGAUUCUUUGUCCAAUCGCGAGACGAGACGUAGAGGCGUCGCUUAUUUUUGGCGAUUGGCCGAGCAUCAGCUCAAGACCAUGUCGAUGAGAAGGGAGGAGAGAGUUUGCCAUGAGGUAACGACAGUCUUCGCUCCGAUGUCUUACCUGUCAAACGACAGAACAAUAUGGAUUUGUACUGUCCUCCAAUGUCCGGUCGCAGAUCAGACAAGUGUAUUGAAUGCUGCUGAGCUACAGAAUAGAAGUGCAUGCCCAGACUGAUGAACUGAGACAUAGUAGAAAGCUUUACGAGCUCUAUAUAAUGUCAUUAUCAAAUUGCUAGUUUGAUGUGAGACAGUUCAAAACUGUGAAAUGUGUUUUGUGGACUAGUGAUGACAGCUUGAGAUGGUUGCAGAGGAAAAAGAUGAUGAAAACAGUGAAACUGAUGACGAACGUGAACAAUAAGCACGCAUGAAAAUAACAUUUGAAAAGUUUUUCUGUUUAAAUGUGUAUCAAGUAUAUCUUUGAAACUUUGGAAUUGGUGACCGCUGUAGAAAUGACAGCGACGCAUGAAGCAAAACUUGAUAACGGUUGCUGAAGGAAUAUAAUAAUUGGCAUAUAAAAACACUGUGGCUUUUUGUAGAGAACAUAUUUUUAAGCAUGUAAAUAUGCAUGUAUGUAACGACUGAGACAUUGGUGUUAUUCAGUGUUGUGUAGUGAAUAUAGUCAGAUGUGUACAACAUUCACUGUACCUUUAUAUGUUGUGAGGUGUCUUGUUUUUGUGAGACCUUUAUAAAAGGCUCGCUGAUAGUUCUACCAAGAAAAGGUAUAAGUUCCUUUAGUUCUUAGUUAAAUUUAAAUGUAUUUGUGUUCUACAUUACAAUUUGACUUGUACAGCUGAUUGGUUAUUUCUGAAAUAAUCUAUGUUGUUGAAGGCUACCUGUCAGUUUAUAUUAACGUAUUGUUCAGUUCAAACCUCUCCAGGCCAGUAAUGUGAAGAAAAUCCUUUCAAUUCUUGUUACCCGCCCUUAAAAAUUAUUUUUUUGUUGUAGCACAUAUUCUUCUGUUUCCUUACUGUCUGUAGGUAGGAUGCAUCCAUUAGCUUUCAGUCAAGCGUUCAGACGAGGACAAGGUUUGUUCAAGUUUUUGUACAUCGGGACAUAGCUUUUCUGAUCUCUGUCGACCUUUCAAUCUGUUGGAUUUCAAUCAAGCAUAUUAUUUCAGAUGAUAGACUCUGACAGCUUUUGUCUAAGUCGUCUCUCUAGGAUUUUCUAAGCGAAGCAGAUGACUGUAGCCAAACAAAAACUAUAGUUAUAUGCCAUCAACAAAUGAAAUGUAAGAUAUUAUCAGUCUUCUGUCUAAACUGGUAAGUUCAAUAGUACGAGGUCAGGUUCACAAUGCAGCAUGGAAAGUUUCCACAGAAAACUUUUGAUUAUGGAUGCAGCCAAUAAUUUUUUACCCUUGUAUGUAUGUUUGGAAUUGUGAUGUUCUGUAUAUUUUUUUACCCUGACAGAUAUCUGUCGUCAUGAUAGGCAGCUAGUGAUAUGCUUGUGAGUAGUUUUAGUAAUGUUAGAAACGCUUUUUGUAAUUGUAUUUUAUUUUUUUACUUCGAAUGCAUCGUAACAAAGCCCAACAGCAGGUUACAUGGACUGACACUAACAUAUCUUUCUGACCAUUUAUAGAUACUAAUGAAGAGGAAAAGACACGACACAGUUUUUCUUGACAUUUUAUUCUGAUUUUCCCUUGAAAAGAUUAUAUUAUUUGGCGUAUAACUAUCAUGAGCGCUGUUCAAAACAAUUUUUAAAAUAUGUUUCAGUCCCUAUCAGAAUGAAUGAAGAACAGGCUUCGAAUACAGUCUUCACUAAAGUUAGUAAUUCUUUGUUGGUGCCCUCCACUUAUCUGCAUACAGAUAGUCCCCAUCCCUCACAGCGAAACUAAUGAGGAUUGCUGCAAUGGCUUUUAUACUCUGUUCACUUGUCAUAAGACAUUCAGGUCAUAGGUUAUGUACUGUCAUCGACCAAAAACCUUUUGUGGCCCACAUGUCUGACGGCCAUAAACUCAGAGAUGUUAACCUGGGCUAAUUAAUUUCACAUCCUGACAGGUCAAAACUUCGGAGAACGUGUGCAUCAUUUAUUUUGUAGUAUCACACCAAACAAAUGCAGGACCAGAUAGUUAUCUGUACCUAACAUGUGGCUGCUUGCAUAAAGGAGGAUGUAACUUUUUAUAUAAUGACAUGUACGGAGAUGACUUGGUUAACAACAGCAGGUUGCUUUGUGGGGAAGGGGAAAUAUUUAGUAUAAAGUAUAAUUCGUGUACACACAGGGAAGUAGCUUUCUAGAAAAAGGAAGACUCUGUUCAUUGUUUAUUGUUUUAGCAAAAGUAGGCCUUGAGGUUUCCGGUCACAAAACAUUCUUGUGAUCCUGUGUCACACCUGAGCGCUAUUUGCGUGACAUCUUUGUGACACAGCAGUUUGUCUGUCUUCGUCAGUGUUUCUUAAGAAAACACAUACUGAUAAAAGCUUUUCGUAAUUUGUGCCACAUCUUGAAACAGGUCGCGAAUGUGUGUUAGUUCAGCUAAGUUCAAACUUUCAAUAGUCAGGUCAUGACAAAUGCUGCAGCUGACAGGUUUCUCGAUAGAGUCCUUUGAGAGGCGACCUACAGUCGUGACUGACAGGGUAAGUACAGCACAGUUUAUUUAUUGGAUGAAAGUAAGUACAGCACAGUUUAUUUAUUGGAUGAAAGUAAGUACAGCAUAGUUUAUUUAUUGGAUUUAAGUACAGCACAGUUUAUUUACUGGAUUUAGGCAAAGUAGGUAAAAAAAGACUUUAAUGUCCAGUAUUUCUCUGCUACAACCAGUUUUAAAAAUGGCAAGCAAUAUUUUUGGGGCACCCGGACAUUUCUGAAUCAUAAAAGUCUUUAUGCAGAAGCAAGAACCGAAAAAGAAUAGUGAAAUAAUUAUCUCAUAGUUCUUGUCUUUAUAACUGUAUAUAUAUAUAAAACAAAACGAGGUGACAAUGUUAAUAUUUUUGAAGACUUCAUAUGUGUAUAAAUGUGAGCCUGUGAAAACCUCUCUAAACCAUGAAAACAUGAUACAUGAUACAAGAAUAGGGUGUUGACAAGGAAAAGUCUUCGUAAUUCUGAAUUCAUGCAGUAAGCAACAUCGAUCGAUGUCGAAAAGAAGAUAAACAAGACAUAAAUAUGAGCUGACGUAAGCUUCCUUCUGCUGGAUUAUCUACCUUUAAAGAAAUAAUAAUUU